GUUAUUUUCCUUUCCACCAAGAAAGGGAGGUUUAGUUUAGUUUUGUAAAAAAAAAAAAAAAAAAAAGGAGUUUAGGGUUCUUCGAUACCGCCUGUUACCACAUGAAGCUGAAGCAGCUAGAAGGCCUUUUGGGAAGCCUCCAGCAGUUCUCCAACCCAAAGGUGGAGCUGGAACAGUAUCCCACCGGACCGCAUAUUGCAUCAAGAUUGCUUUAUAUGGCUGAGAAUACAUUUGGUGGCAUAAGUGGCAAGGUAGUAGCUGACUUUGGUUGUGGCUGUGGUACGCUAGGUAUUGCAAGUGCUCUUUUGGGUGCAGAACAUGUCAUAGGCAUUGAUGUUGACUCACAAUCCCUUGAAAUUGCUUCAAAAAAUGCUGCAGAUCUGGAGUUGGAUAUAGAUUUCAUUUGGUGUGACAUUAAGAACUUAGGAUGGAGAGAUCAAUCGGUAAACACUGUUGUGAUGAAUCCUCCAUUUGGGACACGAAAGAAAGGGUCUGACAUGGAGUUCCUAUCCAUUGCUUUGAAAGUUGCAUCUGGAGCAGUCUAUUCUCUGCAUAAGACUACAACAAGAGAUCACAUAAAGAGAACAGCCCUGCGGGAUUGCAGUGCCAAAAGUGCUGAGGUUUUGUGUGAGCUUAGGUUUGAUGUGCCGCAGCUUUACAAGUUCCACAAGAAAAAAGAGGUUGAUAUAGCGGUGGAUCUCUGGCGUUUUGUUCCAUGAUUCAGUCAGGGACUUGUGGACAGAAAUAUCCCGAAAAUCUUUACUCUCAAACUCAAGGACUCAAAAAUGCUUUGGUGGAUGGUAUGGUUCCAUCGGAAUUCCAUUAAUCAGGCAAGAUCUCUGGCUUCUACCGAGACAUCCCGGUUGGGGCAUGGUUUGUUCAUAUUGUGACGAGGGGGGAAGUAAACUGUUACCUGAUGAUAUUUGUAAUCAAAUCUUUCUGCACGCUAAACCUUGGAUUUGGGCAAGUCUGAUGAAUAUGACUGGUUUUUGAAUGGUAGAUUAUAUGAUGAUGAAGGCUGAUUGAGAUGAGCUCUCUAAGAAAGAAACCUGAUUAAAUUACUGUUAAGUACAUCAUGUGAUGAUCGUAACAAGGUUAAAAAAAACUUUCAAGA